ACGUCUUAAACCAUCAUGAGUAGGACUCACUUAUUUAUAAAAGCAGUGGCCACCUGCUUUCUUUCCAGGAUUCGUAGCUGUGUAUCACUUAAAGCAAAAGCCAGAAAGUUCUAAAUUUGCUAGUUAAAAUUGGAGGGAGGUAGGAAGUAGAACUUGUGGAAUUAUGCAACCUGUUGCUUGGCAACUUUGAGUUCAGCUUCUAAAUUCUCUGAGCCGUGGGAGUCACAAAGUUUGCUGGGCUGGGUUGAUUACUUCCCACUACAAGAAGGAAAUUAAUUCUGCAUGACAGAGAGGGCUCGAAAAGCUGUCCUUCAAAGCGGGCCAUGUCACACUUCUUCUACUUGACACCACAGAUUCUUCUGCCUUUCAGCCCUCUCACUUCUCAAGAGUUUGACAUGAUCAGACGGAAGGCUGCAGCAUCUUGGCAGGAUGAAACGAGGUGGUCAGAUUUGUCAGUGACAACGUACACGGGCAGUUACAGGAAAAAGCGGCUGGACGAGUCCACGGGCGGCUGGCUCAGAGCAGGACAGCCCUGGCCUGACCGUCGCAAGAUGGCAUUCCCAAACUGCUUUGCUGGCAGGGCUGAGCUCCACGGGACCGCAGAUGCUAAAGGACUGUUACCGCAUAUAACCAGUUCCUUUAAAAAUUCAUUUAUUGUCAAGCACGGAGUGGCACAUCAAAUUCUGUCUGGGGAUUCUCCUCCAGCACCUCCACCUCCAGGUUAUGAAAGACCAUAUGUCAGACUUAAAAAGCCAGCACCAAAGAACCUGAUGAAGUACAGUCUUCUAAGGAGAGAGCUCCUGAAACAUUUUCGUGAACCAAGUGAUUCUAUAAGCAAGACUAGUUCAUCUGGAGGCUCAGAAGUUGAUCAAGUCGUUUAUAUUCGGAAAGGACCACUGUUGUCAUUCGUUUAGCUGAGUUGGAAAGCGAAGCCACAAAGUUGGAGGCUCCAAGCCUGCUUAAUUAACGACUUGGAGAUCCAGCUGGCAAGAAUUAUGGAUGGGAGAACAGCUAACUCAUAAAGAAGAGGCCCUGAUGGAUAACCUCAGACCAUUCAGACUUUGGACAGAAGAAUGGGCCCCUUAGUCCACAGAGCCACACUUUAUUUACCCCGGGGUCAGCAUUAUGGGCAUUUGCUUUCUUAGUGAAUUGUAAUUACUUGCAAAAUAAACCUCAUUUUGUGUGGGA